GACAGCGUAUGCGGCUCAUUCGAGAAAAAGAAGUGAGAGAGGUUCGUGCUGGUGUGUUGUUGGUGGAAGCCGGUAUUUUGUUGUUUUUCGGAAUGAGUUGGAGAUUUUUAUUCAUGACGGCAGGUCACCUGAAAUAGUUUCAGGCGCGUUACACAAGGUUUUGACGUCUAAAUGACAUCACUGUAGAUCCUCGCGCCUGACACCGGUUCGGCUAAAACUUAGCGGGUUGCGGUGAAGUAACGUUAGCUUAGCAUAAUCUCACAGAGCUGGAUACUGUCCGGGUGCGCGCGCGCUGCAUUGGAUGCCGAUAGCCACAGUUGCUAAUUUCCUUCUGAAUGAUUUGACUUGUUUAACUGCUGUAAAGAGUUACUCGCGUAUUCGGUUUUGCUCCUUUACUGAGAGCUAAAAGAAUAGUGACACAUUAGUACGUGUGGUCUUUUUUAAUUUUAAUUAUAAACUCCGGCUGUACAUGAUGGAGAACGCUCACACCAAAACGGUAGAAGAGGUUUACAGCUAUUUCAGCGUGAAUGAAAGCACCGGACUCGGACUCGACCAGGUGAAACGACAGCGAGAGAGAUGGGGAUCAAACGAACUGCCAGCAGAAGAAGGUAAAUCACUGUGGGUGCUGGUGAUCGAGCAGUUUGAGGAUCUCUUAGUCAGGAUUCUUCUUCUAGCAGCAUGUAUAUCAUUUGUACUGGCUUGGUUUGAAGAGGGAGAAGAGACCAUUACGGCUUUUGUGGAGCCUUUUGUAAUAUUGUUAAUUCUUAUAGCCAACGCCAUCGUAGGAGUUUGGCAGGAGAGAAAUGCAGAAAAUGCUAUCGAAGCCCUCAAGGAAUACGAGCCCGAGAUGGGAAAAGUGUAUCGGCAGGACAGGAAGAGUGUCCAGAGGAUCAAAGCCAGAGAUAUUGUUCCUGGAGAUAUUGUGGAAGUGGCUGUGGGUGAUAAAGUUCCUGCUGAUAUCCGCCUCACAUCUAUCAAAUCCACCACGUUACGAGUGGACCAGUCCAUUCUGACAGGAGAGUCCGUAUCAGUCAUUAAACACACAGACCCAGUCCCUGACCCGCGGGCUGUAAACCAGGACAAGAAGAACAUGCUCUUCUCUGGCACCAACAUUGCAGCCGGUAAGGCUAUCGGUGUCGUGGUGGCCACAGGCGUGAACACGGAAAUUGGCAAGAUCCGUGACGAAAUGGCCUCCACCGAGCAAGAACGCACGCCGCUGCAGCAAAAGCUGGACGAGUUCGGAGAGCAGCUCUCCAAAGUCAUCUCUCUCAUCUGCAUCGCCGUGUGGAUCAUCAACAUCGGCCACUUUAACGACCCAGUGCAUGGUGGCUCUUGGAUUCGUGGUGCUGUCUACUACUUUAAGAUCGCCGUGGCGCUGGCUGUAGCUGCCAUCCCUGAAGGGCUUCCUGCUGUCAUUACCACCUGCCUCGCGCUGGGUACUCGCCGCAUGGCCAAGAAAAACGCAAUUGUGCGCUCACUGCCUUCUGUGGAGACGCUGGGCUGCACGUCAGUCAUCUGCUCAGACAAGACUGGCACCCUGACCACCAACCAGAUGUCUGUGUGCAGGAUGUUCAUCGUCGACCAGGUGCAGGGAGACGGCUGCUCUCUCAAAGAGUUCACCGUUACUGGCUCCACGUACGCUCCUGAAGGAGAAGUGUUCCAAGAUGGGAAACCGGUGAAAUGCUCCAAGUAUGAUGCUCUGGUUGAGAUGGCCACAAUCUGUGCCCUGUGCAAUGACUCUUCUCUGGACUAUAACGAGGUGAAAGGAGUGUACGAGAAAGUUGGAGAAGCGACAGAAACGGCUCUCACGUGCCUGGUGGAGAAGAUGAAUGUGUUUGAUAACGAUCUCAAAUCGCUAACCAAGAUCGAACGGGCCAACGCUUGCAACUCUGUUAUUAAGCAGCUGAUGAAGAAAGAAUUCACACUGGAGUUCUCGCGGGACAGGAAGUCCAUGUCUGUGUAUUGUACCCCCAACAAGGUGCGCUCGGCCCUCGGCAAGAUGUUCGUCAAGGGUGCGCCGGAAGGAGUGAUUGACAGGUGCACACACAUCCGUGUAGGCAGUAAUAAGGUCCCCUUAACACCAGGUAUCAAGGAGAAGAUCCUGUCUGUUAUCCGUGAGUACGGGACAGGACGGGACACGCUGCGUUGCCUGGCCCUGGCCACACGGGACAAUCCGAUCAGCAGAGAGGAGCUUCGCUUGGAGGAUUCAUCUUGCUUUGUCGAGUAUGAGACUGAUCUGACAUUCGUGGGUUGCGUGGGCAUGCUGGACCCUCCCAGGGCUGAGGUGGCCGCUUCAAUCAAGCUAUGCCGCCUGGCAGGCAUCCGGGUCAUCAUGAUCACCGGGGACAACAAGGGUACAGCUGUGGCCAUCUGCAGGCGCAUCGGUAUCUUCAAAGAGAACGAUGACGUCUCGCGCAUGGCCUUCACAGGCCGCGAGUUUGACGACCUGUCGCCUUCAGCUCAGCAUGAAGCCGUGCUCAGUGCCCGCUGUUUUGCCCGCGUCGAGCCUUCACAUAAAUCCAAGAUUGUGGAGUACCUACAGUCUUAUGAUGAGAUCACGGCUAUGACUGGCGAUGGUGUAAACGAUGCUCCUGCACUGAAGAAGGCAGAGAUAGGCAUUGCAAUGGGCUCGGGUACAGCUGUGGCAAAGACGGCCUCUGAGAUGGUGCUGGCUGACGAUAACUUUGCUACCAUCGUAGCAGCCGUAGAGGAGGGGCGAGCCAUUUACAACAACAUGAAGCAGUUCAUCCGCUAUCUCAUUUCCUCCAAUGUGGGAGAGGUGGUCUGCAUUUUCCUGACUGCUGCUUUGGGAUUCCCUGAGGCUCUGAUCCCUGUGCAGUUGCUGUGGGUUAACCUGGUGACAGACGGUCUUCCUGCUACAGCCCUUGGCUUCAACCCUCCUGAUUUGGACAUCAUGAGUAAACCCCCCCGCAAUGCCAAGGAACCCCUGAUCUCUGGCUGGCUGUUCUUCCGAUACCUGGCUAUUGGCUGCUAUGUCGGUGCUGCCACAGUUGGAGCUGCUGCUUGGUGGUUUAUUGCUGCUGAAGAUGGACCAAGAGUCAACUUCUAUCAGCUGAGUCACUUCCUCCAGUGUGGACCAGACAACCGAGAGUUUGAGGGCAUUGAUUGUGAGGUGUUUGAGUCACCUUACCCCAUGACCAUGGCCCUGUCUGUACUGGUCACCAUUGAGAUGUGCAACGCCCUCAACAGUGUAUCGGAGAACCAGUCUCUGCUGCGCAUGCCCCCAUGGGAGAACGUAUGGCUGCUAGGAGCUAUCUGCCUUUCCAUGUCCCUCCACUUCCUCAUCCUCUAUGUGGAGCCUCUGCCGAUGAUCUUUCAGAUCACGCCGCUGAACAUGACCCAAUGGUUGAUGGUGCUGAAGAUCUCGCUGCCCGUCAUCCUGCUGGACGAGGUGCUAAAAUUCGCAGCCCGGAAUUAUCUCGAACCCGGUAAAGAUUUGGACACGCCCACGGGAAAGUCAUGCCCGCUCAGCGCCUGCACAGAGGGCAUCUCCUGGCCGUUCGUGGCUCUCUCGCUCCCCCUGGUGCUCUGGAUCUACAGCAUCGACACUAACCUGGCUGAAAUGUUCUGGUCCUGACUCAUCUGAACACAGAAACACAACCCCCCCACCCACCCCUCCCCUCACUCAGUGUGUAGAUAGAAUGAAUGUGUGUGUAAGUGUGCCUGUGCACCAGUGAAUGUGCACGAGGAGGACCGUGUUAACACGAACAUAACAAAUAAUAUAAUAAAUGUAACAAAGUUGUUUUUAAAACCAUGUCUAGCGGGUAUGGAGGGGACCACAUAGAGCCGAAGUCUAAGUAUUAAUGACCAUUAUUAAUAUUAUUCACACGUCUGUGGAUGUUCUGCUGGUUUGGUUUUAACAGAUUUUUAUUUUGCCUUUUUUUUUUUUUUUUUCCUCUUUAAAGAAUUUGCAUUUCAAAAAACAAGAAUACUAAAUUCUUUUUUUUUGUGUCCUCACUUUCAGUGCAUGAUGAGCUCUAUGAUGUGUAUCAAGUCUGAACACUAUUUUAUACAACUCACUUUUUUUUUUUGGUCCAUAUUAAAAGGAAUCCACUGACGUGACUUAACGAGGGGUUAAGUUUAGGCAGCCGAUUUAACUAUUUUGUUCCUCUCCUGUACAUUUCCAUAUAAAGCCAUAAACACACAGAGGUCCUUCAUUUUCAUUCUGGAGUAAGGAUGCAUUUGAAGUAAAAUGGAUUCAGGUCGUUUGUCAAAAUGCACAAAUCUGUCAAAGCCAUGUACAAGAACAGAGUCCAGUUUGAGCAUCCUACACAGGUGCCUAAACAUAGCCAGGGAGACUAGGAACGCUGUUUACAUUUGUUUACCGUGUCCAGUCUGAAUGUUGGACUUGUUCAGAGUGGGGGCACAGGAGUAUAGGACAGGAUGGGAGUGAACGCAUCAGCUAAAUCAGAUCCUGAAAUGGAAGCUGCAUGUUGUGUAUCCUGCAUGCAUUACGUGUGAGUUUUCAUUCAUUUCUGUCUUCCCCUUUGUAUAAUAACCUCCAUUGUCAUGUUUUUCUUAAAUACCUUAAUUAUUAAAGCCAGUUUUUCUGCACUGGGCAGAGCACAGCUACCUCAAUACAGUCUGAUUAGUUCCUCGCCUCACUGAGCUUUACACAUCCUGUGUAUGACCUUGUUGCUUUGAGGUGUGCCCCUAUUGGCUUGUGCAGAAAACAAUAUACAUCAAAUAAUCCAGUCCUUCCCCCCCCCCCUCCCCCGUGUUUUUGUUUUGUUUUAAGGAUGCAUUUUCUUUUGUAUUUUAUAAUUGAUUUGACUUGUAUUAACUUAAUUUAGGAGUGUUUGAGGCAGGGUGGGGUGGGGUGGGUGAGUCAUGGAUGUAAAUGUUGGUAUCGACGGCGUAGGGUCAGAGACGAAAUGUUAACGUGAUAGGUUUAUUAAAUUAGUGUAUUUGGAUUUUAUGAUGCAAAACCAAAAUGUUUCACUCUCCCUUUUUUUUCUACUUCAAGAAAAUACACUCAUGGACCAUUUGAAUUAAAGAAUUGCGUGUCUUGUUUAUUUUAAUGGCUUUUUUUACAUGGUAUAUAUAUAUGUAGAGUUACAGGAGCAAUUAUACUUGAAAUAAUGUACAUACAAUAAGAAAUUAACGUGUGAUCAGGCAAGCACAAGCUGAAGCGUGAGCUUUUGCUACUGCAGGACCCUGUCAGUUUGUACAUAGCAUAUGUACUCAGUUUACCUGUACCAAUUUGUUUUACAUCAGAUUGAGUGUUUAGCAAUCCCAGUCAUAAGCCUAAUCCUUGUUUGUGAAAAGCUGUCCUUAUUACAUGCCACAUGAAGCAUGUUCCUGUGCUGUGUGAGUGGCACUACCAGUGUUGGUAUCUAACAACUCUGCUUUUCCCCUCCUUUCUGCCUUCAAUGGGCGUCCCCUUCACUGAGUGAGUAUUAUUAACAUGUCCUUAUUAACAUUGUGUAAGGAUGAAGACACUUUGUGGUGUGCUGUUAUAGAAAAAUAAUCAAAGACAGGGUGGUGUGGUGGGUAUUGCGCCAAGAAGCAGAGUUCCAAUUACCACCCUGAAGUAGAUUAGUUUCCUAGAACGGUAUGUCCUGAAGUGCUUUUAUUCCUUUUAUACCACAGCAAUUUGCCAGAACUAACAUUUUCUUAUUGAUACCGAAGAUUUUUUUAUUUAUUUAUUAUUUUUUAAAUAUACAUUUGUACUUAAUAUCAGGGAGUGUAUGUGAACGUCAAUGUAUCACUUGCAUUAUUGCAGCUAUAAAGAGUUCUCCGUAGCGCCAUUCUUCUUCUCUCUUGAUGUUAAUAAGACAAAAAUUGGCAUUUCUUCCCAAAGCACAAAGUCCUCUCUCCUGAACACCUUCCUGUUAUAAAUGCUGGCACUUACAAAACUGUUAAUUUCUCCUCACAGAAAACUUCACCUCAAUAAUUAAGUUGUUUGAUUAUGCUCAAUUACAAUCGGUAAUUCAACAAUACUGUGGUUUUAAUUAAACAAAACAUUAAACCUUAAA